AUGGCUUCAUCUUCACCUUAUCAAUUAGGGGCCGAACUCGCUUUGGCUCGAGCCAAAGUAGCCGAACUCGAGCAGGCGCUACAGGCCUCCGCAGACCAUGCCGGACCGAUAACAGACAAGAGGUCCAAAGCCUCGACAGGUAGGACUCAAGUACGCAUUCAAGGCUUGAGUCAACAAGAGUAUAGACGAUAUGGUCGACAAAUGAUCCUGCCAGCUGUGGGUUUGCCUGGUUAGUCGGAGCGAAUGCGACGGCCCCGUCGAAACUAUUUGCCCAUUCGCCCUGUACGAUUCAUACAGGUCAACUCAAGCUCAAACAAGCCCACAUCCUCGUCAUCGGCGCAGGCGGUCUAGGAUGUCCCGUCUUGCUCUAUCUCGCAGCCGCAGGCGUAGGUGAGUCGCUGUUCGGUAUAGGCGAAGAGGGUCCAGCACACGAGCUCACGUGAUCCGUCAUUUGGCCUCUGCUUGAAGGUCAAAUCACCAUCUUGGAUCAUGAUGACGUCGAAUUGUCCAACCUACAUCGCCAGGUAUUGCAUGACGAGACAAGGAUAGGGUUCAACAAAGCAGAGAGUGCUCGGAUAGGGCUCGAGAGGUCGGUCCGCCUUUCGGAGCCAAAAGUUUCUUCAGACGUUCUGACUCCCGUCUGACGCUCAUUUACCUUCAGGCUCAACUCGGACAUUAUCAUCAACUCCUACGCCUUACCAUUCACACCAACCUUAUUCGAUCCCUCGAAUUGCUCAAGCACUCCGGACUGCGUUCUGAAAGCGAGCUUCACCCUCGUCCUCGAUUGCACCGACAACGCAGCGACACGGCAUUUCCUCAACGCCUAUGCCGUGCGUUACAGUAUUCCCCUCGUCAGUGGAGGAGCUGUGAGAGCUGAAGGUACGGUCGGAGUCUUUGGCCUCAAGCUACAAAACGAGAUUACGUCGGCUGAGAAUGGAACCGCCGAGUAUGGCCCCUGUUACGCCUGUGUCUUUCCUGCACCGCCAUCACCUUUGGAGGAUGUUGCGGACGUGGAUGGCUUAUCCGAGGAAGAGAGGGAAGAUAGGAGGCUGGAGCAGACGGCGUUGCAAGGUACGGGAGCGUGCUCGGAUGAAGGUGUGCUUGGUCUUUUGUGUGGUCAGGUCGGGGUGCAGAUGGGCUGCGAGGCUAUGAGGGUGUUGUUGGGGAUGGGUGCGUGUACGAAGAGCUCCAGCGAGCAAUAUUAUAUUUCAAUCAGCUAAAAGAUUUCUUUCCACCACCACAGCCAAACCGACCCUGCACCUUUUGUCACCCCUAUCCGCGCACCCCUUACGAACGAUCAAGCUCCGAGCUCGCCAGCCUUCCUGUCCAGCGUGCGGAGCCGACUCCACAACCAAAUGGGAGGAGUUUCUGCAAGCUGGGCACUGGUCCGAAUGGAUCGACCCCUUGUGCGAACUUCCUGGAGCGGGUCAGGGUGCGCUAAGGAAGGAUGAGAAGAGGUGGAGUGCGAGAGCGCUGAGUGAACGAUUGGCGCAGGGUGAGCAUGGAGGAAAAUUGAGGUUGAUUGAUGUGAGACCUGGUGUCGAGUGGGGGAUUUGUAAGAUUCCUGGGAGUGAGAGUAAGCCGACGCUGUAGACACCGCUGUAAGACUUGGAGCCAAAGGCGAAGCUAACGGUCACAACUCGUCACGUAGACAUCCCCCUGGCGCAAAUCCUGAGAGAUCCUUCGAUCGUUCUCAAAGAGCAAGACGACUCAGAACCUCAAGAGCUAGUGUUCGUUUGCCGAAGAGGAAACGACUCGAUCGUCGCUGCUCGAGCUGUCAAGAGAUCCAGGGACAAGAAAUCUGGAACUGGGGAGUAUUCGGUAGGGAGUGGAGGUUCAUUUGUGGUUGGUGAUCUGAAGAACGGGUUGGUCGGGUGGAGUAGGGACGCCGAUGAGAUGUUUCCAACUUACUGA